AGUAUCUUUACCGUCCUCUGUUUUCAGCUUGUCUUUCUCUUCUCCUAGGCUGCACUGUAGCUGUCGGGCACCAGCUUGCUGCUUACGUCUACAUCAGAGCUGGGAAAACAUUGACUCUCUCCUUUAAUAAUAUUUGUUAUACUUCUCUUUCUAGUGUUUUUUUUUUCUUUUCCCCUCUGAACAGAAACAAAAGUGAUAGAGCACUUAACUGUUGCUUAGACAAGAAAAAAAAAUUGAGAUAAUGGAGAAAGGGAAUUCUCCCAGUUCUCAUCUCUAGUUUGAACUUGUCUGUAUACAUCAAAGGGAGGCAAAAUGCUUAAGCAGAGAAGGAAUUUACAUAUUAAAUGUCAGUGCUCUAAGGAUCAGUGCUCUGUGUGGUGUCUAUAGUUUAUCGUUGAUUUCAUCCACCUCCUUUUCAGGUGUCUGCCAUAAAUCUCUUUGCAAGUCUGCCUCCUUUUCUUCUUUUUGUGACAUGCUGUUUUUUGGGGUAUAUUUUGAUGCAGAGAGGAUAAUUCUUUCUAUUACUGUAAUCUGGUGGCCAGUUGUGGCAUUGGCAGCUUUACAGAUCAUACUUCUGUCUUUGUAAGUUUCAUGUUGUUUCUGGUAGUAAUUCUGUAAGCCAGACUUUGAGAAAAAACAACUUUUCUUUUUCUUGUUUUGAGUUUCAUCUGCCCUCUUACAUUGGCUUGUCCUGUUAUUUAAAUGAAUGUUUUAUGGACCACUAGAAAAUACAGUAUCAUCUGAAAGUAGAAACGUAUGUUUCUUCAAGGGCCACUGGGUGAAGGAUGUGCUUGAAAGAUCUGCAACCUAAUCUAGCUAGAUUUUAAAAUUGAAGACCAAUAUAGAGCAGAGUGGCACAUGAUAAAGGAGUCAUAACUUCCUCUUAGACAAGUCAUUGUCGAAACUCAGGUGCCCCCAUAUUUCCUCUUUAAAGGCAGAUGACUCUCUGAAGUAUGGGUCUGGGAAAGUACUGAUCUCGAGGCAGAAAUUUCCCAGCCACAAGCAUAGCAGAGACUUUGGCUCUGUCCCCUUCUCUCUCUGCCUGUCAUGCAAAUUGACCACCUGUAGACUUUGAGGAGGACCCAACGUCCUUGAGUUGUGCAGUGCUCCGCGUCUCUGCUGAAACAGUUUCCACGCAGUUAUCAGCAGUUUAUAUUUAGUGCAGCAUGUUGAAGGUGGACUGAAAUGGCUGCUUGAGCACAGCUGCCUGGGGAGUCAUGGGGAGGCUCCGAAAGUGGAGCGUACAUGGAGAACUUUCUCUGCAGCACAAAGGAUUGAUGUGUCUCGUGUCACUCUGGUGAUUCCCUGAGGGGAAGGGGGAACUGCUAUCCUGGCAACCAGCCCACCAGCAGUAAAUUGGCUUCCUGAUAUAAUUCUAGGUGUGUGAAUCAACCUGUCGUCACUGAAUUGUCAGUUUAAUCUUGCUAACUUGACAACUGUUGUAUGCCAGCCUGUGUCAAUACCAGACCAAGGAGGUCCUGAUCAACCAGAUCCUUCAAGAAUUUUUUAAAAAGAAACUUUGGUGGGUAAAAGAUGUGCCAUGGAAUGGUAGCACCAAAGAGCAACACAGGAUCAUCUCUUGCCUUGACUGGCCAUGGGUUAUUUCGUCUGCUAGUUAUCUUUGGUACCUUUAUCUUGGAAGCACAGUCCACAGGUUGGCUAAGCAAAUCCAAAGGACCUGCAUAUUGUCCCCAGCCACCACAACCUGAGAAUGGAGGCUAUAAAUGCCACCCUAGCCCUUGCAACAACCCUCUGACUUCAGGCAGUGUCAUAGAGUAUCUGUGUGUUGAAGGCUACAUGCUCAAAGGAGAUUAUAAAUACUUGACCUGCAAGAAUGGAGAAUGGAACCCAGCCAUGGAAGUCAGCUGCAGGCUCAGCCCAGAAAAGGACUCUCCUCCAACAAUUGGAGUGCCCACGCUGUCCAUAGUAGCCUCCACAGCGAGCUCCGUUGCCCUGAUUCUGCUGUUAGUUGUGCUGUUUGUUCUGCUGCAGCCGAAGCUGAAGUCGUUCCAUCACAGCAGGCGAGACCAAGGUGUGUCUGGAGAUCAGGUCUCUAUUAUGGUGGAUGGUGUCCAAGUGGCCUUGCCAUCCUACGAAGAAGCAGUGUAUGGCAGCACAGGGAAUUGCAUUCCACCCUCGGACUCCCGAGUGCAGAUCGUGCUGUCGGAGGGAGCUGGACAGAAUGGACCCAGAGAGAUGCAGCAGCUGGACCAAGGGGCCCACAAUAGCUUUGAAAGAGAAGAUGAAGCCCCUGGACAUUCUGGACUGUGUGAAGCCAGUGGUUCCCAGCGCUCUGAAACUGUUCUUGUGCAUCAGGCUGCUACCUCUUCCUGGGUAGCUGGCAUGGCUAGCAGUAGACCUGUACACAAAGAGGUCCAAGAUUCAGAAAGCAGUGACAUACAGAGCCUUUUAUCACUCACUUCCUCUGAGGAAUACACAGAUGAUAUUCCCUUAUUGAAGGAAGCAUGAGGUCUGCUGUGUUUGUCCAGUCUUCUCCAUCUUGGAUUUCUUCCUCCUCCCCUCUCCCUGCCUUUGGGACAGAAGCACUCUGUGCAGUCUUCCCCAUCCUCGCAAGCUGUACCCUGGAUACCUCCAAGAAGAGAUGCCCUCAGCUGAAGAUCCAAAGGAUGUCGCCAGGUUGCCUCCUGGACGCACCAGUGGAGUUGGUGCAGCGCUGGCUUCCCCAUUCCAUCAGCAUCAGGGGCUCAAGGAACAGAGUGGAUUUGAGCUCUCCUCUCCCCUUCCCCAGCCAGAUGUUUGACAGCAGUCUCUGAAGAGCUGCUCUUUUCUUGUGCCUUUCUCCUCCUCACACCGGCUUGUUGCAGCUUAUCAGCCUUUCUAGCCCUUCUGCUGCCCAGAGAGCAGGGGCUAAACCCGCUUGCUCGCUGGGUGCAGACACAGUUUAAAUAUACAUAUAUAUGUAAUAUAGGCUCUUCUUCCAGCAUCCUCUUUGUGAUAGGGCAGGACAAAACGCCUCACUGGGACUGAAACUGGGCUUGGGAGAGAUCGCAGUUGAGGGGCAGCUUGUGGUGUCUAGAAGAGCCUCACAUGAGAUGGGCUGUGUGACAGCUUAGCGGUGCACAAACAGUUCACUGAGAAUUGCUUAAGCACUGAAGGCUGAGAAGUCCAACAUGUAGGAAUGCCCUCUGCCCCACCCCUGCAGGAGUCCAUUCCUGAAAAUCACUUUCUCUCCUCCUUCUUCCUGUACCAGUGCAGCCCACUGGAAGAGGUUCAGGUGUUUGAAAAUACCAAGACAAAAAAAUAGUGAAUUCCUAGUGCCAUUGGUGCAAUCUCAAAUUCCUUUUCCAGCCACAGUAGGUACUUGGAUCCUGGGUAGCUGCCAUCUCAGAGGCUGGUGUGUCUUCCUAGCUUUAUACAGCAAAGGGUCUGCUGUUUUAACCUGGUGGGCUCCAAUGGGCCCACAGAGAAGGGCUCCUCCCUUGUGGCUGGGGGUAAGCAGCAUUUGUAAAGCUUCUCCUAAACACAGUGCCAGCCUGUUGCUGUGAGGGAAGGUUGAGUACACUGACAGCAGUGCUAGAGAACACCACAGCUCAGCCUCAAAACUUGCUGAAGUUUCGAGGAUUGUUUUCAGUUCUGGUAGUAGGGAAGAGAAAAUUCAGAAAUAUGUGUACCUCUGCCUGCCACAGUUAUCUACAGCAGGGCAGACUGUCCGUGUUAGGACUCCAUAUCUGCAGGAAGUCACAUCUGUCUGGGGUAGGUGUCCAAUCCAAGUGCUGUGGUGGUUGUAAGGUUCCUCACUGAGGUCUGGACACUGUUCCAUGGGAUUGGUUUCAGCAAGAAGAGUUGGCUUCUUAGAUGCAUGUACCUUGUCAUAACUGUCUUGAAAUAACCAGGGAAGUGUUUGCCCUGUGAGAAGCUGCUAAAUUUUUGAGUUGAAGGAGCAAAAUGUCAUGGCCUUACACAUCAUGUGGUAAUGUAAACAGGGAUGCUAUUUUUGCUACUUUGCUUUUGAUUUAUGAUCCUCACCAUCCUCAUCCUCAUCCUCAUUGCUACAGUAAAAAAUAUUACAGCACUUGACAAAAGUGAUACAACAUCUUUACAUAUAAAAUCACUGUGGCUUAGCUCCAGUUCUUUGAAAUGGGGAUUGGCCAGAGUAUCCAGCUAUGUAUCUGCUAUUCUUUUUCCUGAAUAGCUGUUAAAUCCAAGGACACAUGGAAACAGUGUGUGCUUGUGGAUGGAAGAAUCCUUUUUUCCCUAUCCUUGUUAUAGAGAGAUGUUAAUUUAAAAAUACAGUGUUUUAAACAUCCUUCCAUCCUUGCUCACAUUAUCUUGCAUUAACACAAGAAUUUGAUAAAUCCCAUUUGGAUGGUUUAGGUAUUUUUUGUUCAGUUUGGAUGGUGAAAAUCCUGUGUCAUUUUACAGUGGGCUGUGGUGUCCAGCUUCAAGCACUGUAGAGGACAAAUGCUGUUUCCACAUCUGCUCUUGGAAUUUUAAAAAAUAAGCAUGGGAAUGAUGUGUUUAGCUUUUUGACUGUUGGAAAUGGUCUAAGCUUGAGUAAAUUCUCCUCCGUUGGCUUGUCAGGGGUGAUGGAGGGGUUGAGCAAGUGUAGUGGUAAGGGAGUGUGGAGGAAAGUCUGUGUGACUUCUUUCCUGCUGCCUAACCAGCUUGGAGCAGGAGUUGCUUUUUAUGCAUUUAAGGUCCUGUCUGCUCAAACUGACCCUCAGCAAUUCAAGGUAUAGAAGUUGGGAACGUGUUGCCUUCCUGUAAGGGGCAGUGCUAGUGCCGGGUUGGUGGGAGAAGGUGGAAGCUGAUCCCAAGGCCUGACCUUGCUCUGGACAAGCACGUGCACCGCCAGCAGAAAACACAUCCUCUGUGGCCUGGCUUCCUCUCUGCUGUUGUAAAACAAGCAGCUGCUAGCAUGGGAGAGAAAAUUCAAUUUGGGUGGGGAAGAAAAGGAAGCAAGCUCUACAAAAAGGGAG